AUGUUGUUUAACAAAGCAGUGAUUGUUUUGUGCAUCUUCAUCUUGAGUAUCUCAUGGAUUCAAGCAAUUUCUGUUGAAAAGGAGAAAGAACUUUCUCUGCCUGAAAACAUCUCCCGAUUGGUCACUCAAAAUUACACUUCCGAGCUAACGACUGAAGAAAAUCGGUCUUCAAACGACUCUGCAUCAAAAUUAAUAACUUUUACGGACGAUAAUUCUCUUUCUGAAAAAGACUCUAGUGCCGAUAAUUAUUCUUCGGGAGUAGACUCUGAUUCAGAGGAUGAUCUUUCUGAAGAAGGCUCUGGUACGGGUACUCAUUUUUCUGGAGAUGGCUCUAAUGAUACAGAUGAUUCUUCUUCUGAAGAAUACUAUGAUAACAAAGAUUACUCCACUGAGUAUGAAUAUGAUGCCAAAGCAGAAGAUGAUAAUCAUGAAGUAACAUCACCAUUGCCAGUAACUACCACCGAAGAAUUCACCUUCGAGGAACCUGCAUCGACUACUGUGGCAAUCGAAGAUGCCUCUGAAAAAGCUGGAAGUGCUAAUCAACCAAUUCCACUUGUGAUAAUUAUUGCCGUACCCAUCUCUGCUGUCAUUUUGUUACUCAUUCUCCUUAUUUUAUUGAAAAUUUACUGUGCCUCGCGCAAAGCUACCCAAGAAAGAGAUGGUGCAGAUCAAACUUUUAUUACAGUAGAUAAAUUUAUGACUAUCAAAAACUAA